CUUCCUUUUGUCGUUUUCGGUAUUGAACCAGCGACCAGCAGCAGCGCGCAUACUAACUAAUCUGUGCCACUCCGCAACACUUUCUUUCGCAACGGUAUCAGGGCUACGACCAUAAGCAGACAGCAGAUUUUCCAACACACAACCGAGGCGAUUGAGUUGUUGGUUGGCAGUGACGGGUGGUAGUAGGUAGUACAUAGCCAACCCCGCCAGUAGACGUGCAACUCGCCAGCUACUACGUGUAAUCGUCGGCCACAAUUGUUAGCCAGAUCACAUUCGCUGCUGAACGCUCACGCGUGAGCAUCCCUGCACUGGCCUCACCGAACUCACUGGACUCGGUCGGCGCUGCCACAACGGCAAUCAGCCAUCAUUAUUGACAAGGCGCACAUGCACAUAGCAACGUGUUGUCAUUAAGUACGCGUGAAACGUACAACGUAUUGGGACGUGCACUUGCUGCUGCAGCCCGUUCGGCACGCGGUCAAUAAAAGCUCAAAUUCAUCUGAACGCACGUCGCGUACGGGCCGUACUCGGACGCGGAGGAUUCCAUUGGAAUUACUAAUCUGAAUUUGCCCAAUUCGGCAGACACAAAAUCGCAAGUGCCAACCGGAAGGCCACAGCCACAGCCAAAGCCAGACGCCGCCAAACCCUUACACGUUUCCUCAUCGCAACAAACGGCCUGGCCUCCCUCGCUACGCUUUCAACAAAAACAAAAAACAAAAAACAAAAAAAAUGGUAUCAGUGAAAAUUGAAAACUCGAGCGGUUUUGCAAAUCGAUUACUUCCGUGAAUAGUGCGAGUGUUUGUGAUAAUGUGAAUAAACGAAAUCAAUUUAAUUGAUGAAUAAAAUCCAAUCAGACACCAAAAGCGAAAAAGUGUUAAUGAUCAAAUUGCAGCUACAAACAAACAUACGGUACACAAAUUCUUGUAAAAUGUGCCCAGCGUAACUUUUUUGUGCAAAAGUGUGAAAAAAUCAAGUAAGCUUUGUCGAAAAGUGAGCAAAAAUUAAAAAUUUAUCAAUACAAAAUAUUUGCAUAGAAUGCAAAAUACAUAAGUCUGUACAUAUGUAUGUAUCAGUGUCAUAGAGAAUGCCAUUAUUAGCGGCAAAGAGUCAAAGUGCUAGCAACCAAAUAAGUACCUAAUAUUAUUGUACUAAAAAGUUAAACACAGAGGAUACUUGCCAUCCAUCCUUUCGUGCGGCCACAUUUUAAGGCAAUUCAGACAAUAAAACCAGAAAUUAAUCGACAUGUUGCCCUACCAAGCCGUUGCCAUGGACUAUGCUGGCUACCAGCGACAGCCUACGCCUGGCCAUCCGGGUAACCACAUGCCGACCAUGAGCUCGUUGGGCAUGCCUGGUGUGGCAGCCGGACCCUUCACACACUCAUGGCUGAUGCCGUCGCAAGACCUUUGUGCUAUGCCAUAUGGCAAAAUGCCGAACCAGCAUCAAGGCGGGCCUGGAAUGCACGGAGCACAACAACCCAUAGAACCCGGAAUUCUCGAGCUUCGAAAGGAAAAAUCUCGGGAUGCAGCGAGAUCACGGCGGGGAAAGGAAAAUUAUGAAUUCUACGAGCUGGCGAAAAUGCUCCCUCUACCUGCGGCUAUCACUAGCCAGUUGGAUAAGGCUUCCAUUAUAAGACUGACAAUAAGUUAUCUCAAACUAAGAGAUUUCUCUGGGCAGGGUGAUCCACCAUGGAGCCGUGAACAGUCGAGCAGUAGCAAAUUGAAAAGCGCUGCAAUUCGACGUAGUCCCGCCGUGGAUUUAUUCGAGCAACAUCAAGGCACUCACAUUUUACAGUCCCUCGAUGGAUUCGCAUUAGCCGUUGCUGCAGAUGGUCGAUUUUUAUACAUAUCGGAAACGGUCUCUAUUUACUUGGGUCUGUCUCAGGUGGAAAUGACAGGAAGUAGCAUAUUCGACUACGUUCAUCAGGGCGACCAUGCGGAAAUUGCCGAUCAACUGGGAUUAAGCUUAACUAACGGCGGCAUUGCUGGUGGUGGUAAUGGCAACGGCACAACUGGCCUGGCGUCGCCCACUUCAGGUGCGUCGGACGACGGCAUUGGCACUCACGGCACGAAUAACCCCGACGGUAAGUUCGACAAAAGGUCCUCUAUAAGGCACUUCCGAGUGAAUUUCAACCCCAUUCAAUUUGAAUUCAAUGUGACUUUGGAUGAAAUUCAUUCGGAAGUCGUCUUGUUGUUGUGCAAGCUGCGACCGCAAUACACGUUCUCACAUACACGAAAAUCGCAGCCACCCUUGUUGGGAAUGGUCGCGCUGGCUAUAGCCUUACCGCCGCCAUCUGUGCACGAGAUCCGUCUGGAAUGCGACAUGUUUGUUACGCGGAUCAAUUUCGAUUUACGAAUAGCGCACUGUGAACCAAGGGUAUCCGACUUGCUGGACUAUUCUCCGGAGGAUCUGGUCAAUAAGAGCAUGUACAGCUUGUGCCACGCCGAGGACGCUAUCCGGUUGAGAAAAAGCCACAUGGAUCUGAUCGAGAAGGGCCAAGUCCUUACAGGUUAUUUUCGGCUGAUGAAUAAGAAUGGCGGCUACACUUGGCUACAGACCUGCGCGACAGUUGUUUGCAGUACGAAAAACGCAGAUGAACAAAACAUUAUAUGCGUGAACUAUGUCAUUAGUAAUCGAGAGAAUGAGAAUCUCAUAUUGGAUUGCUGCCAGUUGGAGCCCAGUGUGGACUGUAUUAAGCACGAGGAGCUUGGCACUGAUAAGAAUUCAGGUUCACCAAGUGGCGAUGCCGCACCCGAAGGUCAAGCGGGAGUGGGAGGAGACACAAAAUCAUCAUCUCCCAAGACAGAUGGAGAUGGGCACCACCAGCGUCCCCGUGGGCGAAGUACGAACUCAGCGGCCAAUACCAGCGCCAACAGUUUAACGUUAGUGAAAGAUAGUCCAAAUUCUGUAAACGUCGAAAUGGAAAAUACGGCGAGUUCCUUGCCUGCAACUGUAGCUACACCAGUGAGUACGCCCAAUACAACAACAAAACGCAAACGAAAAUCCAAAGCUUCCAUGCAAAUGGAAGAUACCCCGGAAGUUAGUACGGUUAGUACACCGGUGGCAGAUUCACAGCCGCAAUCCAAAAUAGCCGCAAUGGAGCGGGAGGCACCGCGCAGCCGUCUGCCGUCAACGGUCGAGCAGAUGUCGCAGCCGCAGCAGCACGUUCAGCUCUCGCAACAGCAAUUGCAGCAGCCACAGCAACCGCAACAGCAGCAGCAACAACAUUCUGAGGCGUCAGUGAAAGAUUUAGAAAAUGCUAUGUCGAAACACCUGCCUUCGCCCGGAGUGAACGCCAGCGAGGCUACACCCGCUGCCACCGAUUUUAGCGCCGAUGCACUGUUGAAGCAACAACAACAGCACGAAAAAAGCAGCACAAUUCAAUGGAUCGGCACACCCCACUAUCAGCAGCCUGCCCCCAUGCCAGCCACCGCACUACUAAGGCAGCUGUACGCGAACCGCGAAAGCGUCAUUAGAGCAACCGCCAGACAAACACCAACGGGAGUAUUCUACGGUGACCAGCAAAGCGGACCCUUGCCCACGCCCCCAGGCAGUGAGUCCUCUUACGACAACCACCAAUACCUGCAACUUCACCCCGCUCAUCCGCAAAAGUCAUCGUCCGAUGCAUUCACGAACCUGGUAUCGACAUACGGCGGAUAUCACAGCUCCAUCGAUUACCACAACGCAAUGACCCCGCCCAGCUCAGUAUCUCCGCGGGACACCACCAACAACUUAAAUGCAACCAAGGCGACCUCACACAACAGCAACGGUUACGACUACAGUGAUCCACUACGCGUUCAAUAUGCAACACCCAACAAUGCCGGCGAGAGCGGCAGCACACCCGCCCUUCCCCUCAAACCUCAACCCUACUCAGCCGCGACGGCCACCAUGCACCAUCCGCACUCGUCUGCCGACCCCACCAGCAUCACCUACAGCAAUCUGGAUCAGCCACAGUACUUUGCUCCACAUUCCAGCUUCCAUUUGUACCACAAGGGUACACCAACAAGUGGCUGGUACUCGACACCGUCAUAGGUCAGCCUACCGGACUGCGAUUUGCAGCGGCAGUGUGGACAUCACCAAGAACAGUCCCUACAGCAAGCCCAGCUGCAUCCGAAAGAAGGCUGGGACAUUGUGGGUGCACUAGGCAAAGUUGCAAGAAUGUUCUUCAACGCCCGGAGAGGGAAUUAAAAGCGAUGAUGCGAUACGACGAUGCAAAAACUUUUUGGGUGGUGGCCCGUAGCUCCUCUUUAGCAUGCGCUCGGCCGGAAAGUAAUGAAUAAAUACAUACUUAUGUAGGCACAAACAUGAUUUGCCUAACAAGAUAAACACAUUCGUAUAUGCAUCCAUAAAAACAUACAUACAUACAGUCCCUCAAUGAAGUUUAGAAACAGCGAACUUUUUACAAUACCGGCAACUAUUUAUUAAUUACAUUUAUUUCUCGCUAUUUUUUUUUUUAAAUAU